CAGGCCCUCCCAGCCUCUGGGUGAUCUGUUGCCCCAGCACACAGCUAGCCUGCUGGAGCCGAGCGGUGUGGGGCCCACGGGCACACACCUGGGAGCCACCCAGCUCCCACAAAAUCGGACGUUUACCUGUUGCAGCAGGCAUGACCUGGAGCUCAUGCCCUUGAGGGAUCAGCGGAGAGGCAGCAGAAUGGAGAUCUGGGAAGGGCACUGCCAUCCAAGUUGACUUCCGUCUGCUAUGGGGAUUGAACAUUAUUCCCUCCUCCAGAAAGCAAGGUGUUUUCAUCGGUUUUCCUUCCACCCCCUUCCCCGGAUGUCUAAGAUCAAGCGUGCUUCUCUCUUCUCCAGCUCAGAGGCUGAGAAUGGUGUGGAGGAGAAAAAGAAGAUCUGCAAGUCGCCAACAGUCCAGUCCCCAACCCCGUCCAUUGAGGCCGAGUCCCCAGACCAGAAGAGAAUCCUUUCCUUGCGGUCCAAAUCCAGUUUUGAUGGUACCUCUUUAGCAAGCGACAAGAACGACUGUAAAGCAGAAAGCAAAAAUGAAUCUAAGGUGGACAGGAAAAAGUAUUCGUCUUCCAGCCAGUACAAGGCCAAUAUGCACUUCCACAAGUUGUUCCUUGAUGUCCCAACUGAGGAACCACUGAGGCAAAGUUUUACCUGUGCUCUACAGAAAGAGAUAUUAUACCAAGGGAAGCUCUUUGUAUCAGAAAACUGGAUUUGUUUUCAUUCCAAGGUCUUUGGAAAAGACACUAAGAUCUCUAUUCCGGCGUUCUCAGUCACCCUCAUAAAGAAAACCAAAACUGCCCUCCUCGUGCCAAAUGCCUUAAUUAUAGCAACAGUCACAGACCGGUACAUAUUUGUCUCCUUCCUCUCCAGAGAUUCUACUUACAAGCUACUGAAAUCUGUAUGUGGACACUUAGACAAUACGAGCGUCGGGAACAGUCCCAACCCAUCUUCUCUUGAAAACAGUUUCCGCGCAGACCGCCCUUCAUCUCUGCCUCUGGAUUUCAACGAUGAAUUCUCAGAUCUGGAUGGAGUGGUUCGACAAAGAAGGCAAGACAUGGAAGGAUACAGCAGCUCUGGUUCUCAGACUCCCGAAUCUGAGAACUCUCGAGAUUUCCAUGUGACAGAAUCCCAGACAGUUCUGAACGUCUCCAAGGGAGAAACAAAACCAACCCGGGCAGAUGCCCAUGUGAAUAGAGUGCCUGAAGGAAAAGCCAAGAGUCUCCCUGUACAUGGUCAGUCAGAAACCACUGGAGUCCUACACAAAUUCAAGUCUCAGACAUGUACGACUCUCCACCAUAUUCUUAUAUUUUACGCAAUUGUUGUCUGUGCACUAAUCAUCUCGACCUUCUACAUGAGAUACAGAAUUAAUAAUCUGGAGGAGAGGCUGGGGUCACUAACCUCCAUCGUGGACACUCAUCAUCAGGAACAGACAGCACCAUCCGGCCUGGGGUCACAAGUACAAUUAAAUGUGGAGGUCCUCUGCCAAGAGCUGACGGCUAACAUAAUGAAAUUAGAAAAGGAGGAGGGCGGACAGGAAGAUUGGCACAGGAGAACCGGCCCAGAAUUAAACCUAACUAACAUUUCUUCACCUCUCCUUCCGAUACAAAACAACCUCCAGAAGCUGCUUGAGAAUGGUGACUGACAGACCGGGUCAAUCGUUCAGGCCGACAUGAUACCUCGAUCGCGCGUCCCUUUGGAGGUGCUCCCCGAGGCAUUCUGGUGGAGCGCUCCCUGCUGGCCAGAGGAGCGGGCGGACCAGCAUCCCCAGCCAUGUUUGCACUUGGAGGUCUCCAGCUCAGGAAGUGGGGGAGGGGGAAUAAUUCUGGUUCCUGUGCAAUAAACAUUGACCCUGUCUCUCUGAGGAAGUUUUCAGUGCUGCUGCCCGAACAAAACAGACCCAUGUCUGGAGGUCUCUGGAAGGGCCUGGUGGACACUCUGGUGAUUGUGGUGCCACGGUUCUCGUGACUGUAUCAGCAAACACACUCCACUCCGUGCCUUUUUAGUCCUUUCUGUGCUCCUUUUCUCUCCUUUACACCUCUCUGAACCAGCGUUCCAACAAAGGGAGAGAUCAUGUGCCAAAAACCUGAUACGGUCCUUUCAAGAAUGAGCCCUGCUUCUCCAAAACAGACUUCCCUCAAAGAACACCAGCAUUUUUUUUUUUUCUUUUCCACCCUUCUGCUGUUCUGUUCUGCUUUAAAUCACCCUGCGUAUCUUCUCAAUUCAGUACGGACAAGAAUAUCACAAAGCAGAUUAAAAGUACCCUGUUUAUGUUGUGCUUUGUUCCUGUAACUAAUACUUAAUUGGACUGAUCGUCACCCAGCCCAGAUCAAGAAUCUAUGACCACAUGCAGCUGAAGUACUAAAUUAAACUUACUCAAAACCAAAACUAAUCUUUAAACCAAAAAGUACAAUAUGAUUUGAUACUGGAUGAAAAACCCUGAGUUUUUAAGUUUAUAGGUGGAUGAUGUUAGUUUUGAAACAGGCUGCCUACAUGGAAUGCUGAAACCCCUCCCAGCACGACAAAUGAAUGCUUCUCUCUCUUACUGACCAGAAGUGACUGGCAGUUUCCUAACUUCUAUUUACCAUAUGGGUUGGCUGGUUUUUAUUAAUAAUUAUUUAGGUACCAUAAGAUCUGUAAUAUAAAUGAUACUCUGUUUCUAUUGGCAAUGCAUUUUAUAAUCAUUUCUAUGAAAUGUACUUUGUUUAAUCAGAUAAGCUAAUAAAUGAAUUGGUUACAUCAUUUAUAUUUGUCAGCCUGUUGGACAAGAACUGUGCCUGGUGCACCACCCCCCACCCCCGGCUUUUAAUAAAUACUCAUUGGCUAAAAUGCCCUGCUAA